GAGCUUGUUCUCCGAGAACUCUGGAGCCGAGUUCUAAAUAUUGAGCCUCAAGAUAUCAGCAUGAAAGACAGCUUUCUGAGCCUUGGAGGAGACUCGAUUAUUACCAUUGAGCUUGUUGCAUUAGCUGAGAAGUAUGGAAUUGGCCUUACAGCUGCUACCAUAGUUCGCAAUCCUGUCCUUAUGAAGAUGGCUACCGUGGCUGCCUUGGAUGAGAUCAACCACGCGGCAUACGACGUUGAACCUUUGAGCCUGUUGCCACAGGCAGAAGUUGAUAUAAUUCUGGAGGAAAUCAAUGCCAAAUGUGAAUUGGCUAAUGACGAUAUUAUUCGGGAUGCAUUCCCCUGCACGGCGCUCCAGGCUGGUAUCAUGGCUCUGGCAGAGAAGCAGCCCGGAUCGUACAUGACGAGGCAGAUAUAUGAGCUGCCAAGCCAUGUUGAUAUUCCGCGAUUUAAAUCGGCAUGGGAAAAGACGGUAGAACGCUGCGAUAACCUGCGCACCAGACUUCUACCGGUGAAUGGCCAGACGAUCCAGGCAGUGAUCGAGGGUACUGCCACAUGGGAGGACACAGCUGACGAGACAAUGGAUUCCUUUGCAUCCAAGGCCAAGAACAUUACAAUGACAUAUGGGUCACGCCUGUGUCGAUACGCAUUGGUCCGUAAUGCAGAUGGGAAGUCCUAUUUUGUGUGGAUCAUCCACCACGCGAUUUUUGAUGGAUUGAGUGCCCGCCUCACUCUUGAUAUACUGCAUCAGCUAUACUAG